GGACAGAAUCCGGAAGUGCCAGUUGAGGGUCCUCUUCCUAGCUUCAGUUGCGUCGGCAGUUGGAGGAGGGCGGACGGUGAUGGCGGCGGUCGCAGCGGACCCAGCUGCAGCUGCCAUCCCGGCCUCCUCUGAGGAGAGAGACAGACAGCGCGAGGCAAUGCCAGGCCUGGACGAACAGUGGCGCCAAGUCGAGAAUGGGCGAGAGCGUCCACUGCGAGCUGGCGAAAGCUGGUUCCUUGUGGAGCGACACUGGUAUAAACAGUGGGAGGUGUAUGUGAAAGAAGGGAACCAGGAUGCUAACACCUUUCCUGGCUGUAUCAACAAUGCUGGGCUCUUCGAAGAUCAGAUAAGCUGGCACCUCAGGGAGGGACUGCUAGAAGGAGAUGAUUAUGUGCUGCUCCCAGCAACUGCUUGGAAUUACCUGGUCAGCUGGUAUGGCUUAGAAGAUGGCCAGCCUCCUAUUGAGCGCAAGGUCAUAGAACUUCCUGGAGUCCGAAAGGUGGAAUUAUACCCAAUAGAGCUGCUGCUUGUCCAGCACAGUGAUAUGGAAACAGCUCUUACCAUUCAGUUCAGCCACACUGAUUCUCUGGACCUAGUCUUGCAAACAGCUCGGGAGCAGUUUCUGGUGGAGCCUCAGGAAGACACACGCCUCUGGAUCAAGAACUCAGAGGGCUCUUUGGAUCGAUUGUGCAACACACAGAUCACACUACUUGAUGCCUCCCUUGAAACUGGGCAGUUGGUCAUCAUGGAGACCCGAAACAAAGAUGGCACUUGGCCCAGCGCACAGCUGUGUGGCAUGAACAACGUGCCAGAAGAGGAUGAAGAAUUCCAGGGCCAGCCGGGCAUCUGUGGCCUUACCAAUCUGGGCAACACGUGCUUCAUGAACUCGGCCCUACAGUGCCUCAGCAAUGUGCCACAGCUUACGGAGUACUUUCUCAACAACCGCUACCUGGAGGAGCUCAACUUCCGGAACCCUCUGGGCAUGAAGGGUGAGCUUGCUGAGGCCUAUGCAGAUCUGGUAAAGCAGACUUGGUCUGGCUACCACCGCUCCAUUGUGCCGAAUGUGUUCAAGAACAAGGUUGGCCAUUUUGCAUCCCAGUUUCUGGGCUACCAACAGCAUGACUCACAGGAACUACUGUCAUUCCUCCUGGAUGGGUUACAUGAGGACCUCAAUCGAGUCAAAAAGAAAGAAUAUGUUGAGCUGUGCAAUGGUGCUGGGCGACCAGAUUUGGAAGUGGCUCAGGAAGCCUGGCAAAACCAUAAACGACGAAAUGAUUCUGUGAUUGUGGAUACUUUCCAUGGCCUCUUCAAGUCCACUCUGGUGUGCCCUGAUUGUGGCAAUGUCUCUGUGACCUUUGACCCCUUCUGCUACCUCAGUGUGCCACUGCCUGUCUGCUCCAGGAGGGUCUUGGAGGUCUUCUUUGUCCCCAUGGAUCCCCGCCGCAAGCCAGAACAGCACCGGGUUGUGGUCCCCAAGAAAGGCAAUAUUUCAGAUCUGUGUGUGGCUCUGUCCACACACACAAGUGUUGCACCAGACAAGAUGAUAGUAGCUGAUGUCUUCAGUCACCGAUUCUAUAAGCUGUACCAGCUGGAGGAUCCUCUGAGUGGCAUCUUGGAUCGUGAUGAUAUCUUUGUAUAUGAGGUGACCGGUCGGAUUGAACCUGUUGAGGGUUCAAGAGAUGAUAUUGUGGUUCCUGUUUACCUGCGAGAGCGCACCCCAUCCCGAGACUACAACAACUCCUAUUAUGGUCUGAUACUUUUUGGGCACCCUCUCCUGGUGUCUGUGCCCCGGGACCGGUUCUCCUGGGAGGGCCUAUAUAACAUCCUGAUGUACCGGCUUUCGCGCUACGUGACCAAACCCACCUCAGAUGAGGACGAUGGGGAUGAGAAAGGUGAUGAGGAUGAUGAUGACAACGAAGACAGCAGCAGUGAUGAAGAAAAAGAGGAAGUGCCUGGGCCUUCCACUAGCAGUAGUGUCCAAGAAACAGAGCAGGAGCAGGCUGGGCCCAGCUCUGGGGUCACCAGGAGAUGCCCAUUCCUCUUAGACAACAGCCUUCACACAUCUCAGUGGCCCCCAAGGCGACGACGAAAACAACUGUUUACUCUGCAGACAGUGAAUUCCAAUGGAACCAGUGACCGGACCACCUCCCCUGAGGAAGUUCAAACUCAGCCAUACAUUGCCAUGGAUUGGGAGCCAGAGAUGAAGAAGCGUUACUACGAUGAAGUGGAGGCUGAGGGCUAUGUGAAGCAUGACUGCGUGGGCUACAUGCUGAAGAAAAGUCCAGUGCAGCUGCAAGAGUGCAUCAAACUCUUUACCACUGUGGAAACCCUUGAGAAGGAGAACCCUUGGUACUGUUCCUCCUGCAAGCAGCACCAGCUGGCCACCAAGAAGCUGGACCUCUGGAUGUUGCCUGAAGUUCUCAUUAUCCACCUGAAGCGUUUUUCGUUUUCCAAAUUUUCUCGGGAGAAGCUGGACACCCUGGUGCAGUUUCCUAUCCGAGACCUGGAUUUUUCUGAGUUUGUCAUCAAACCAAAGAAUGAGUCUGCUCCAGACCUGUACAAAUAUGAUCUCAUCGCAGUUUCCAAUCAUUAUGGUGGCAUGCGUGAUGGACACUAUACAACAUUUGCCUGCAACAAGGACAGUGGCCAGUGGCACUACUUUGAUGACAAUAGUGUCUCACCUGUGAAUGAGAAUCAGAUUGAGUCCAAGGCAGCCUAUGUCUUGUUCUACCAACGCCAAGAUGUGGGUCGACGCCAGUCCCAGACUGCUUCAUCUGACACCCCGGCUUCUCGGGCCUCUGAUUCUACACCCAACCCUGAAAUCAUGGAUGUUAACUAGGGGCGCUGGAACUACCACAGAGAAGGAAGCCCCUUUCACCACUCCCUCAUGUCUCCCCCAACCCUUACCUGUGUUCAUUGCCCCCAGGCAUUGCAGGCUUAGUCUGUGGCUACUGUUUUCUUGUACCGCUGUAUUACUCUCUCAGAAAGAAGAGGCCCUGUGCCCCUUGCAGUGUGCCCCUUCCUGUGUGUGCCCGUACAGCAGUGACUUCCCCUCUUAGUCUUAUUUAUGCUGCCCCUUCCCAUCUUUUCCUUACCCCAAAGUGUUCUUAGUAGCUGAUAAGGGGUUCACAUGAACACAGAGUGUAUUUUCUUAUUGACACCAUAUUCCUUCUGCUGUGUUAAAUAUACAUAAAAGCUCCAGUCUGUCCCACGCUUAA